GGACCAACGAUGAAGACAGACUUGACGGCGGUUUGGUCAAUAGGAACGACCCAAGUGGAUUUGGCCACAGAGCAGUAGUGAAUCGUCAUUUGUUUAUAUUGCGCCAACAACUGGUAGCGGCGCGGUUGGCGCAGAGUUUGCUUGAAUGUGGGAAAUCGAAAGCACUUGCUGAGAACCUUGAAGUGUUGAAUCGCUUCAAGGCCAUGAAUUGCAAUAUUUAAAUGUAAUAUUUCAUUGAAGAAAAGUCCUAAAAAUGGCAACCAAGGUUGAAUUUGCAGUUGAAAUGACAUGCAACAAUUGCGUUGAUGCAAUUAAAAAUAAGUUGAGUAAUGCUGAAGGAAUUCAUAAUUAUAGUGUGUCUUUAGAUGAAGGAUUUGUUGUUGUUGAGACAUCUUUACCAUCUGAUUAUGUCAAGCAAUUAAUAGAAUCAACUAACCGUCGGGCAGUACUGAAGGGCUUUGGAGAUGGUGAAACGUCUGCAGCUGUUGCCAUGUUGGGUGGUACCCAAGGUGCUAGCCUUGGUCCCGUAAGAGGUGUAAUCAGAUUUCACCAAAUGGACAACAAUAAAUGUAUUAUUGAUGGCACGUUGGAUGGGCUAACUCCUGGCUGGCAUGGUUUACACGUGCACGAAUGUGGUGACAUUUCUCAAGGAUGUGAAAGUGUGGGGUCCCACUUCAAUCCGGGGAAUACAAGGCAUGGUGGCCCUGGUGAUGAGCCAGAACAUAGACAUGCUGGUGACCUGGGUAACAUAAAAGCUGAUAACUCUGGGCGAGCAUCCUUCAGACUGAUGGACAACAUUCUAAAAGUUCAAGAUAUUAUUGGCAGAUCAAUUGUAGUAACUGAAAAUGAAGAUGAUUUAGGACGCGGUGAUCACUCCGCUUCUCACGUUGAUGGCAACAGUGGUACACGGUUAGCUUGUGGAAUUAUUGCAAGGUCAGCAAGAUUAUUUGAGAAUACCAAACGCAUUUGUGCUUGUGAUGGAGUCACUUUGUGGGAUGAGAGAGAAAAGCCAUUGGCAGGGCCAGGCAGGCAACAGCAAGCGAAUUUGUAAAUAUAUUUGCUGUUUAUCAAAUAUAUCCAAGUUCCAUUUGACAGGUGUAUAAAGGUUUUGUAAAAAGACAUUAUGUAGAAAUAUAUUGCUCCAUUGAAGUGGUAUGUCAACCUCUUUUAUCUGCAAUGGAUGCAGAGAUGAGUUACAAUGAAUUUUGAAAUUGAUGAAGAACUAUCGUACACAUAUAUCGUAUGGUUUCAUCUAUGCAAAAUGUCCAAAUAAUAAAUAAAAAAUUGUAAAUCUGAAAAUUUAUUUUAUGAACAACCUAAUUGUUCGAAUAUUGAAUAAAAACCAAAUUAAGACUUCCUACCCAGCUUGUCCGGUUGUGGAGGUAUGCAGCUUGUUAGAGGCAACACUCUUCUACAGGAUAGACAAAUAAUCUUAGACCUAAAAGUACGAAGUGGCUGGCAAGCGGCGGUGAUUCACACCAGCCAACACCACACAGCCUGGAGCCCGUUAUUUAUGGUUGGCAUGUUGAUCACAAUAACUUGGUAUUCUGUGUUUCAACUAUGGAGGCAUGAGUAAAUAUGCUUUUGAACAGGGAAUCUUUCUUAAGAACACAUUCUUUGAAUAUAAUUCUGCCAUCCAUAAAUUUUUAUGCAUUGUGUUUCGAGACGGUCUAAAUCAAUAACGUGUUAUGGCCUCUAAGGUCACCUGAUCUUAAUAAUCCCACUGCGCUUUUCUUCGUCUCCGUCACAAGAACACCGGGCGGAAGAGUUGAUGCGUGUGUACAUCGCACUUCUGUCGCUGUUGAGGAAAAUGUGUUCGAGUAUUUCGAGGACGAUCCUACGAUUAGGAUGAUGUGCGAUUUCGCGCGAAGGGCGAACCUCCGUACCUCGGUGGCUUGUACACAGCGUAUUGAAAAAAAAACCAGCACCCAGUUUUCUAUGUAAGUGUGCAAGGAUUAGAAAGUGGCGCCGAACAAAGUCGGUUGACAUUUUGCGAGGGGUUUCUACGCCAACAGGGCACUGAAGAUGACUUCAGUUCCCGCGAGCUCGGCUCGCGUAAAGGUGGAUUGACGAAUCCACCUUCACCCGAGAAGGUGCUUUCAACCAGCACAAUGUGCAUUGGUGGGUAGCGAUGAAUCCAUGUCACGCUUUCGCGGAGUCAUCGGGUACUAUAGCUCUGCACGGAAUGCGCGAAAAAGUAGCGGAUGGGAAGGGUCCUUUCUUAGAGGCUCGACUUCCCCAUCUGAGGAGGACCCGCCGCCGCGGCGCGCGCGGGAGAAGACAGCGUGGCCUUGACAGACAUUCCGAACUCCAGUGUUGAAGCGUGAGAAGGA